AUGGCUAUUUUGUCGGCAUUCGAUUUUGCUGCACUGAUCGAGUUCGUUGCAAGCACGUACAAUGGUUUGGGGAAAAGUCGAGUGCCUUUUAACGGGUUUAGGUUGUUUACACAGAGAGACGGGUUUAUUGUUUUCGAGCAAAUGUCUUGGAUGAGUUUUUGUGUUACCCUCUCAAUUUUGUCUGGAAGCGUGGAGGUAUUGUCUGAUAGGUUUAGGAGUAUGAAAGUAAGCGUGAUUGCUCUGAGGAAAUAUGACGAUGGCAUUGUUGAGUGUCGAUUGUUUGUGGCAAGAUUGCAAGUAACCGUCACGGACUACCGACGGCUUCGCGGCCGUCGGUUUAUUCCCGACCUACAACUAUUUCAUCGGUACAAUCCUACAGCACCGAACGCCGUCGUACAAUGUAUCACUCGUGCUUCAUUUGCUAUAGAGAACGACACCGUCUUUGAGUAG